AUGUCUGAAGAAGAAUAUUUUGAAUGGAGAUUAUUUUAUCCAUUAACAUCAAAUGAUGAAAAUAAUCAAACAGAUAUAAAAAAUUUUUCAAUUGUACCAUUUAAAUUAAAUACUAAAUUAAAUAUAUUAUCAAUUACAGAGGAAAAAUAUUCUCAUCAGUCAUCCUAUAUUGAUAUAUAUUUUCUUUUAACAAAUACAGAUGUAUGUCUAAAAAUACAUGAUAUUGAUCAAUUAAAUAAUUUUAAAAUUAAUAUUGAAAUUCGUAAUCAUCAUAAAGAACAACAAUCAUCUUUAAUUCAACAUUGGUCUAUAUAUGAAAUAAAAUAUCCUCAUCUUGAUUUACCAGAUAAAAUUCUUAGUCGACUUGAUCAAUUAACUAUUAAUAAAAUAAUGAAAUACUUACAGAUAAUAAUUAAUAAAGAAAAUCUUUUAACACGAACAGAUAUAUCAUUUAUUCAAAUAAAAAAACAUAUGACGACAUGGCAAAUGGAUGAUAGUGAUCGAAAAAUAGACGAAAGUGAUAUCUAUCUCAUAUUUAAUGAUAAUAUAUUAUCGAAAGAAAAAAAUGAUUCAUUUUAUUAUAUACCAAAAUAUUGGCGAACAAUAUCAGUACAAACACGUGAUUACGAUAAACUUGUUAAAACAUUAAUAACAUUGCAAAUUGAAGAUGAUAAAGAUUUAUUGGAUUAUUUUUCAUAUCUUAUAUCUCAAACAUGUUUUAAUUCAUUUCCUUCACAACAUCAACAACAAUUAUAUCCAACAAUAUCAACAGAAAAAGCCUACAUGAAUUUAUUAACAAUGAGUUAUGCAUCAUUUAUUGAACUUAUUCAACGUAUUCAUCGAAAUCAAACAGCUAUAGAAUAA